AUGGAUUUCAUCAAGACCAGUUCCCUGCGUGCUCUGAUUGAGUUAACUUUCCAACGCAACUGGAAUGGCUUCAUUUGGAUGAGUAGAAAAGGAGUUAUAGCCAAAAGAGUGAAGGCUGCUCCAGACGGCUAUAUCGAGAAUCAGCGCCGAACGCGCAGACCGGCUGGCCGAGGAACGAAUGUUCCGCGCUCGGCCAAAACCGUAUCCGUCCGACUGAAGUCUCGGCCAAAGUCCAACCACUCGGCCGAUCACACAGCACGACCCGGGAAACAUUGCCCGCGGUCGGCCACGCCACGCCACGCCGCGCACGACCAACCGCGCGAGCCGGGAAACGCCUCGCGGCCGCGCAACUCACUCGCGUACCACGGCCGAUGCAUCCGUCCGAGCCGGGAAAACGUCCCACGUCCGGCCGAGAAACCAUCGGCCAAAUUUCACCCUCGACCACAGCCGGCCGACCGAUCAUCCGGCCCGACCGUUCCGACUCGGCCAAGACCCGACUGUCCGGCCGACCGUCCCGACGACCGUCCGAACGCCGCGGUCGACCCGAAGCCGUUUUUGAAGCCCAAUCCGCACAAUUCAAGCCCAAAGCCGGCGCCGACCUAG